UCCACGACUGGUGGACUUGCCAAAUAUUCGUCACUCGUGUAUACUUGUUAAGCCGUCGGAACACUAUACUUGUACAAUUAUUGGUCACUUGUCAGUUUCCCGCGGAUUGUCGGUAAAUGUGACACAAUUCAAAGGAAUUAAUGACUUGAUAAGUUUUCAGUAGUAGUUCACUGGUGCACACUUGUGUAUUUGUCAAGUACUGGAUAUUUGAUCCAGUCGUAGGAAUAGUACACUUGGCUUUUAUUUAUUACUUGUAAGAGUGUAGAAGUACUAGCAUAAUUGUCAAGUACACCAGUCAUGGGAAUGUCCAAUUGAUAAUUAGACGAUUCGGCAAGUAUGCAAUUAUUGGUGUAUUUGACAGGUACACCAGUCGUGGGAACCCGGUUUAAUAUUAGGCGGUCGUACAGGUACGCGCAUGUCAUCUGUAAUUAUGGACUUUGAGUGAUUGAAGAGUUCGGUUGUAAAAAGUCUAAAAGCGCAUUCUCUCGGUCAUAUUGUUGUUUUGUUUGUUCGUACAGUGUUUUUUUAAAUGACCUUUGUAAAGAUAUAUUUGUGAUGGAAUUAAUAUUAAUACGCAUUUAAUGGAUAAGAUAAUUUUUGUACUAUAUUCACGUAAUAGACGGAAUAGAAAUAAUAACUCAUAACAUAUAUUGAUUGAUUGUGAAACGCUCAUAAUAUUAAUAUUGUCUGAAGUUUUUGUUUUAUCUAUUUAUAGUGCAGUGAUGAUGUUUUUUAAAUUAAUCGUACUAAUCUGUGUCGUUUUAGCGAGCGUUUCUUGGUCUAAAGGAACUUUUGUAAAUACUACUGAGGAUGCAUUUUUUCUGACUAAUAAAAUAAUUGAACAAAUCAAUGAAACAUGGGAAGUAUCUCUAAAUCCAGCAAAUUUCGUCGAAGGUGGAAACGCUACUAUAGUUUCUAAAAAGGAUAUGGAACAAUUGAUUCUGUAUAAGUUUGAUGUCGUUCAAAAACUCGUACAUUCUUUUCAGGAAAACCUAGAUGAUAUUUUGAAUGCGAUGUUAGACGGUAUCAAAGAAAUACAUAGCACAACUAAUGUUAUAUUAAGUGGAAUAAAAAUUAAUGAACUAAUCGAAUCUAUAAAAUCUAUCGAGGAUGACUUUAUUACAAUGGGUGAGUACAUAUUAAGUGGCACACAAGACAUGAGUAAUUUAGACGAGAAUUCAUCGUAUGAAGUAUAUUCAUUACAAAAAUUUGCUGAAGCAAUGUUGUAUUCUUCAAUAAAAUCCCCUUCUAAGGAAAUUUUAAAAAUCCAUAGAUCUCUCGUUCUAGAGCGAGAUAGGUAUGAUUCAAAGGCGGAUGAUUAUGGGAUAUUUAAAAUGAUCAAAGAUUUAACCGAAAAUGGUGAGAUGUUAUGUUAUGUCAAGCAAUCGCUACAUCAACUCAUAUACAACGUUUAUAAAGUGUUAUAUCUGACACAAUUGAAAGGAUUUUCAAUUGUGGAAUUUUCAAGGUUAAUAUUACAAACCAAUGGCCUAGGAAAUUUUCAGAACGAAUACAAAAAACAGAAGGAUCAAUUUGAAAAUAAAAUAAAUAUGCAAAUAUUAUCUUUAAAAAGUAUGUUGUCUUCUUCAAACAAUAUUUAUUGGAGAUGUGAUCCUUACAGUCAUAAAAAAGAUGUUUCUUACUAUGAAGUAGCUCCAAUCCUACAGGGGUUUAUUGAAAAUGAAGUUCAUAUGAGUCCUCAACAUAGUUGUAAACAAAAUUGUGCAUUUUAUGAACAUAGUCCAGUUUAUAGAUGUUCUUCAAAUCAGUUUUGUGCAAAACAACAUUCGUGUAAUGGAGAGCUUUUGAAUUGUCAGUAUAUUGAGUCUGACAUGAAUGUUUGUCAAUCGCCGUUUGGAAGUAGUAGGAGAUAUGAAUACAUAACAUACAAAAAAGGUACUGUAUUGGGCGAUAGGUCAAUAAAUUGUAAUGGUACAUAUAGUAAAGUGAAUAGUUGGUGGAGAUGGUUGGUGUGGCACUGUUCUUAUUGUCUAUGCAUAUGUUAUUCAACUGACACAGCUUCUGAUCAAUAUUUCAGUCUACAACCUUCAUUAUCUGAUAUUUCUCAAAAUAAGAUAGUCACAGGAGUUAAGUUCAAUAAAGUAAAUAAUAUUUUUCAUUUACAAGUACAAGAAGGUAUACUAGGUCCUCGUGGUUACAUUAAUGAAUCUUCUAGGAGUUGGGUUACUUUACUGAGGCCAGAAUUUAUCUAUAAUAAUAGUUUACCUCAAGAAGGUGUUGAUUUUUUCAAAUUAUCAUACUUUUCUCGUACUAUAGAUAUUGAUAAUGUUAUGGCGCCAAAAACUACAGUUGUCACAGGAGUUAAAUUUAGGAGUAUUGGAACACAUAUAAGUAUUGAAAUCCGGGUUACACCUUUUGAUUUUUCCUCUGGAAACCUAAUUCAACCUAAUAUCAAAAGUUAUUGGGUUGGAAAUGAGGACGCUAAUUUUUCUAACGUAGAACGAACGGAAAUUAAAAUUGAUAAUUCAGAUUUGCCAACAAAACUAAAAAUUCCCUCUGUACCAGAUAUGACUGCUCACAAGUACGUUAAAUUUACACAUUCUUCAAUCACACGUGACGUUGCUCAGACAACAUUGCCUUUUAUCGACAAACAAACUGUGGAACCAUUUCCUGCUAUACCAUUAUCUGGCGUGGGAAUAUAUUUUAAAGGAAUAGAAAAUUAUGGUGGCUUCAUAGGUGCAAAUGUUUUCACAUAUAAUUUCAGUACACAUAUUAGUACACGCUUAAUAUAGUGAAAUCACUAUUAGAAUUUUAUCUAAAAUGAUAUAAUUUAAAAUAUUUAUUUAAAAUUUUUGAAAAUCUUCUUUAUUCUUUUUAUUGUGUAAAGUAUAUUUAUUAAAAAUAAA